AUGAAGCUGCUCCUGCUCCUCGCCUUGGUGGCGCUGGCUCAAUGCCACCGCAUCUCCAGGGUGCCUCUGUGGAGGGGGAAAUCCUUGAGGCAGGCCCUGAAGGAGCAUGGCUUGCUGGAUCUGUACCUGCAGCAGCACCCUUACAACCCAGCCGUCAAGUUCUUCCCCAGCCUGCAGUCCGCGGAGCGCCUGCACAACUACAUGGACAAUGAGUACUAUGGCACCAUCUCCAUCGGGACCCCAGGGCAGGACUUCACUGUGAUCUUCGACACCGGCUCCUCCAACCUCUGGGUGCCCUCCGUCUACUGUGCCAGCCUGGCCUGCAGCAACCACCACCGCUUCAACCCGGCAGCCUCCUCCACCUUUGUGGGCACCAACGACAGCGUCAGCAUCGCCUAUGGCACUGGCAGCAUGACCGGCGUGCUGGGCUACGACACUGUCAUCGUUGCAGACAUCAAGGUCCUCAACCAGAUCUUUGGGCUGACUGAGACAGAGCCUGGUGACUUCUUCUACUACAGCCCCUUCGAUGGCAUCCUGGGGCUGGCAUUCCCCAGCAUCGCCUCUGCUGGUGCCACCCCUGUCUUUGACAACAUGAUGGCAGAGAACCUGGUGGCAAGGGACCUCUUUUCUGUCUACCUGAGCAGCAAUGGGGCCAGUGGCAGCUUUGUCCUCUUUGGUGCCAUCGACUACAGCUACACCACCAACGGCAUCAGCUGGAUCCCUCUCUCCGCUGAAACCUACUGGCAGAUCACCAUGGACGGCGUCUACAUUGGUGAACAACCUGUUGCCUGCUACCAAGGCUGCCAGGCCAUCGUGGACACUGGCACCUCGCUGCUGGUUGUGCCCAGCAACAUCCUUGGCACUAUCUUUGCCAGCUUUGGUGCCAACUCCAACGGCCAGAUCAGCUGCAGCGCCGUCAGCUCGCUGCCCAACCUCAUCUACUACAUCAACAACGAGGCCUUCCAAGUGCCCCCCUCUGCCUAUGUGAUAGAGAACGGUGGGUACUGCACCCUUGCCUUCGAGGGCAUGGACGUGCCAACCGAGGCCGGAGAGCUCUGGAUCCUGGGGGACGUCUUCAUCCGCCAGUACUACACCAUCUUCGACAGGGCCAACAACAGGGUGGGGCUGUCCCCUCUCCCCUGA